CACUCGUAAAAUAUUCCCUUAAUUUAUUACCAAAACAAGCCGGCAUGGAAAGUUCGAUUCUAACGACUGUUCUAAUUACAGGACCACCAGGAGUGGGCAAAACCACUCUGAUCCGCAAGAUUUGCUCGAAUCUGCGAGAUAAAAAACACCUCCUCCAAGGUUUCUAUACGGAGGAAGUGCGAGGCGAGGGAGUUAGCCAAAGAAUCGGAUUCGAUGUGGUCACGUUGGAAGGAAAACGGGGAAUCCUGGCCCGAGAGAAUCCAGAAGACAAGCUACGACGCCCCAAAGUGGGCAAGUAUUCAGUGUUUGUCCAGGACUUUGAGUAUCUCACAUUGCCAUUAUUGGACAUCAAAAACUCGCAAUCAGAACCGGAUCUCCUAGUCAUCGAUGAAGUGGGCAAAAUGGAGCUCUUUAGCAAGCGUUUCGAGUCGGCCAUGGUUGAUCUUCUAAAGAAAAAAAGAGCCUUAUUGGUCACCAUACCCGAAAAAUCCAGCUUACCUUUGGUGGAACAGCUGAGGAAAGUCCCCAGCUCCAUUCUCUACCAGGUGACCAAAUCCAAUAGGAAUACUUUGGCAGGCGAAAUUACAGAUCUCAUUACAAAGUCCUUGGUUGUAACAAAAUAAACUUGUUGGUCUUUUUA